AAAAACAAUGGCUUUGACGGAUUAUAUAAAUUCAGCAAUAGACACUGUAUACUCAGUAGCAUACGCUGACGAAGGUGAGGAAGACAAGGAGCCAGAGCAAGAAGAGCAAGAAGAGAAAGAAGAAGGCGGUGAAGAAGAAGAAGAGGAAGAGGAAGAAGAAGACGAGCCAGAAGAUAUUUACCCAGCUAUCCGUGAAGAAUGUGAGAACUCAUCACACAUUGCUCAUCUCAAGCACCAUUUCGAGCAUUGCAAUGAGAAAGUUGAAGCAGGCGAAGGAUUCCAAGGCGAGACAUGUGCAGAGGAAAUACACAGCUUCUUGCACGCAGUAGAUGACUGCUCAGCUCCAAAGCUUUUCACAAAAUUAGUUUGAAAAUACUAGAAUAAAUAAUUUACAUAUUACUUUCUAC